UUCCACAUUGUGACGUUUCUGGUGUGCACGGGGUCUUUGAGCCUCAGGGCGUCGAUUCACGGCCUCGUCAUCAACACCAUACAUUCCUUGUGCACUUGCACGAGUCCACAAUUUUCCGAGGAGCGGAAGCGGGUGUUGAGGAUGAGUUUGGACGAGUACUCCUUGGCCAAAUUUUACAGUCUGUUCGGGAUCUCAAAAGUGAAGAGUCCAGCUGUGAUGGCAUUCCGUUCGAGGUUAUUUCAGCCCAGAACGAGAUGGGAGUUGUCGCAACCGGACACGGUGACGGUGCAUCAAAAGAUCCGUCCCAAGGACGUCCCAGGCACGCUACUCAACAUGGCCCUGCUGAACCUGGGCUCUUCGGACCCGAGUCUUCGCACAGCCGCCUACAACCUCCUCUGCGCCGUCACAGCCACCUUUGACCUAGCUUAG